GCGGGGAAAUGGAUAAACUGACCAUCAUCUCAGGAUGUCUCUUUCUGGCCGCCGAUAUCUUCGCCAUCGCCAGCAUCGCCAACCCGGACUGGAUCAACACCGGGGAGUCCGCGGGAGCACUCACUGUGGGCCUCGUGCGACAGUGUCAAACAAUCCAUGGACGAGACCGGACGUGCAUCCCACCUCGGCUUCCCCCAGAGUGGGUCACCACGCUGUUUUUUAUCAUCAUGGGAAUCAUUUCAUUGACUGUCACAUGUGGUUUGCUGGUGGCUUCCCACUGGCGGAGAGAAGCUACAAAAUAUGCUCGAUGGAUAGCAUUCACUGGAAGAGGAGAAAACAAUGGGAUAUUUUCAAGCACAUUCAAGUUUUCUGCAAUUCAGCCCCAAUUCCACGCACAGACUGAGACCACCCAAGAUUAAAUUUCAAGAAGAGAUUUUUCAUAAGACUCAGAAGAUUUUAGAGCUGGAUGAAAUCUAAAAGAGCACAUCCAGUGUUUCCAUUUUCCAGAUGAGGAAAUCAAGGCCUCAGAAAAGUAGACUGCCUUUCCCGAAGUUCUACAAUAGCAGAGUACCCAACACAGGAAAUGUCUGUGACAGAAGGUCCUUGGACAGUUGACCUCUAACAGCUAUUCAUGUCCUACAGCGUCUGAACCGGACUUCCUUCAACUAAUCUCCAUCUACUCCAUCCAACUAAUUUCUACCAAAAUAACACAAAAGAAAGCAUAUCAUUUCUUUGAGUUCCUCUCAUUCCCACUCUACAGAAUGAAGUGCAAACUUCUUUAGUAUAGCUUCAUGAUCUGGCUUCGGUCUGUCUCUUCUCUUUACCCACCACUGUAUCUUUUCACCUUACACAGCCAAACCAGCUAGUCUCCAUUCUUUCACUGCACCUGCUCCUUGUCUUGGCUGUGACUGCACCACCUCCUCCUCGCAGUUUUCCCUAAUCCCUCUCGUAUUUGAAACAUAACUAAUUUUUUGUCCUUUCUCUUUGGUUUAUACCUUUGUAAUAGAACUUACUUGAGGCAAGUAGACUGCCUGGAUUCAAAUCUCCAUUCCAAAAUACUCGCUGUGUGACCCUUGAUAAAUCACCUAGCCUCUAUGAGCCUUGGUUUUUUUCACCUGUAGAAUGGGGUUAACAGUACCUAUGUCAUAGGGUUAUUGUUGGUUUAAACGAGAAAGCAUGGGAAGCGCCUGGCUCAUAGAAAGCAUUCAAAUGUUAGUUGUUGCAGUUCUUACUAAUAAACACCUCCCUAUCACUAAAUUAUAAACUCCUGAAUGCAAGGAAUGUGGCUUUCUCAUUUCCCUUAGAGACCUAGCACAUUGCUUUACAUGUGAAUUGAAUUAUAAUAAAAUUUGGGGCUAGGUUACAAAGGAAAAUUAUGAAACUGUAUUUGAGAGACCUAGCCACCUAUCUGCCAGGACUAUUUCAGUGAAAUUCUUCCAGCCCUUAUAAGUAGAUGUGGUUGUUUUAUUGGUAAGUAUUUGACUGUAUAAUAUGCCAGUUUCAUUGACCUCCUUAGGAUUCAAGACCUAAGACCUUUACUACUCAAGACCCUUUGUGGACUGAAGAGCCUUGACUACCGAAUGCCUAGUGCUCCAAUGUUGAUACCAAUACAAAGAAGACCAGGAUGAUGCAAGCACCCAGUUGAUCCCAAGAGAACUCUCUGGAGGCCUCUUCAAGCUUUUGGGUUCUCAGCUAUCUUGAAGCCGUAUAUUUGGUAUGUUUUGCAAAAACUUGGCUCUGCCAAGAUGGUUUUAAUUUCUGCUAAAAGGAAUGGACUCAAGGAUUUGAUCUCAUUGUAGAUGCAGUUAUCCCCAACCGGCCAUGUUAUGGCCCUUUAGUAAAUACUGCCAUUGUAUUUGGUCACUAUUAAAUCAAUCCCUAUUAUCUGUCAGAGCAAGUCAGUAAAAUAAAUGCUGUGUCCUGACUCUGGCAAUCUUUUCAUGUUUAAAUAUUUAAUUUGGUUGUCUUAGACAAUUAAGUAUUUUCUUAAAUAAAUUUUAAAAACUCA